GCCAAUAUUAAUUAAGUGCAUUUCUUAUUUUAUUUGUGAACCAUCUUUGCGAUUUUGUAAAUUGUUAAUAAAUUGGACCAAUGCUGCGCAUAUUUAAACGACGUAACAUCCGGUUGUCAAUCAGCAGACAGCCGCGUCUUGUCAACGCAGGAGCCGGUAAGCUCGCUUCCUUGUUGAGUUACGAUAUCUACGCUUUGCCUUUUUACCAUCUAACAAAUUCAAACUGUUAUUUGAUUUAACCAGCUGAUGUCAGCUCAAUUUGUCUUGGAGCGGCACUUCCGUGUUCGGGUUGAUUUGCACGCCUCGGAGAGCGCAGCGAGUUUCACGGUGUUGUAAGGACGUUUGGAAAAUAAAGAAACCUUGCACAUCAGUCGAUCUCACGUCGUCAUUCCGAGGGGCUGCUACAGUGAAACUCGUCGCUACGCCGGAGCUCCCGACACGCCACAUGCCGCUGUCAUCGGAGUUCGUCAGCCUGUCACUGAUCCACUAGUAUUCAGGCAAGAUCGGACAUUGACAGCGAUCACGUAGCGGAGCUUAUCGGUGCAGUGAGAAACCACGAGUCACCAAAACGAAACUAACCAUUCACCCCACUGUCUCAAGAGAUAUGAAGUUGUUGGAUGUCAUGUUUAAAUGGAUUUGAAUUAGUUAUUUUGGUUUAAAUGUCCGUAAAAACACGACUAAAACAUUAAUAAGUAACGUUGUGAUUGAAACCUUUAAACUUUGUGGAGCACCUCGCUGUGGUUUACGCAGUAAAUUUAAAGGUUCACGUUGUUAAAAUAUUUUAUUUUUGGAGUAGAUUGACACUGAUAUUUAUUGUAUAUUGUGGCCUUUCUUACCUUUUAAAAACAAACAAAAACACACACACACAAAAAAAAAAAAAAAAAAAAAAACCAAACAAAAACGCAAAUAUAUCUGUUGCUACCUGUAAAACAAAAUGGAUGAGGAAAAUAUGAAUGAAAAUGCCAGCAAUAGUCAAGAGGGCGCUCCAAAUAGACCUGUACGUGAACGGCAGCUUACAGAGAAGGGGAAACAAAUGCGGGAAGAAAUUUCUAAAAGACACCUAAAGGCUUUUUUCAAUGCUUAUCAAUUAUGGAAGGAGGUAGCCAGACAAUGUCGGUCAAGAUUGAAGAAAUUCUGUGGAGUGGAGGAUUUGGAAGAAAUAAGUAAACAAAUCCAAAGUCGAUAUGAUCUUGUAAAUCAAAAUUAUGAGCCUCUUCAACGUAAUUUCUUAAAUACGGAAAGCAUCGUCCAGAAAAUGGAUGCCUGUAUUACACUCACAACAGAAAUAAGUGAUCUUGUCAGUAAACGACUUGAAGUGGAGCCAAAAAAAGGGACUUUUAAAGCAGAAGUUGAGAAGGAAAGGGUGCGAAUGAUUUUAAAUCGGGAUGACUAUGGGUCUGUGUUUGGUGGUACAAGCACAGAAAGUGUCAUCUCAGAGCACUUUGAAAAUGUCUCGGUCACCUCUAAAGUCUCAAGUAAAAGAGCUGAUGCUGAAGCAGAUUUGGCAGCCAAGUUGGAACAAGUAAAGUCGAUGCAGGAGAUACAGGCCCAACAAACUAAACUCAGCAAACUUGAAAGUGACUGGAAAUUGCAUGAGUCUCAAAUGAUGGGUCAAAUAAAGCAAAGGCAAGCGGAUGUCGAAAUUGCAUUGGAGGAGGAAAAGGCAAAGUUAAAACUGCUUCAAGCACAAAUGGAUGUUAAUGCGGCUGCAGCUCGUGUUCGGGUGUACAACAACCAAAUGGGAGGCGAUAUGGAUGCGGUACGUAGCAUACCAGUCCGUACUGCCGAAACAUCACCAGCUAUAAUUUUAAAUGGACAAAGCUCCACAGCUGCCUCGCCAUCUCAGUUGCCAGAUCUUUCUCAGAACUCCGCAGCCAACCUAGCAGAAGCUAUUGCAAGUUCUCUUACUUUAAAUCGGUUGCCUGUUCCAGAGCCAGCUAUGUUUUCUGGUGACCCGUUGAAGUUUUUAGAUUUUAAGAUGGCAUUCACAGCACUAAUUGACAAACGACCAAUCUCUUCUUGCGAAAAAAUGCUUUAUCUGAAAAACUACUUAACAGGAGAAGCCCGCAAAGCCGUAGAAGGGUUCUUCUACCGGUGUUCCGAAGACGCUUAUAUCGCAGCGUGGUCUGUUUUAAAAGACAGAUAUGGAAAUCCAUUUGUAGUUCAGAAAGCAUUUAGAGAUAAACUUGUGAAGUGGCCUAAGAUUGGGCCGAGUGACUGUUUCGCACUUCGAGAUUUUGCUGACUUCUUAAAAGCUUGUGCAGAAGCCAUGCCUCAUGUCAAAGGUUUGUCCAUUUUAAAUGACAGCGAAGAAAAUCAUAAGCUCCUCAAAAAGUUGCCAGAUUGGAUAGUGCGUAAAUGGAGCAGAAUUGUGGUGGAAGAACUUGAUACAUCUGAAGACUAUCCCACCUUUGAACAUUUUGUGGAGUUCUUGCAAAAGGAAGCACGUAUAGCAUGUAAUCCCAUUGCAUCACCCUGGCUGCUUGGUUCAAGAUCAUAUGACGAAAAAUUCCCCAGAAGGGCCAAGGCCUUUAAUAUCAACACUCUGGUUGAUGAUGAUUCACGUGAAGGUCCUGUUGCCCAGAGGCCAAGGCUCAUAUGUUUUAUCUGUGAGGACGAUCGUCACGGUAUAGCCAAAUGUCCAGUCUUUGCCUCCAAGUCAAUGAAAGAAAAGAGGGCAAUUAUAUAUCGACAUCGUCUUUGUUUUAGUUGUCUGUGCAAAGGUCAUAUGACAAAGGACUGCAGAACAAAACACAUCUGUGGGGAAUGUGGUCAGCGCCAUCCUACCUGCAUGCAUGAAGCAAAGGAGAGGCGAAUGGAGACAAGGAUGACAAGAACUCCAGGCUCCGUGGAGGGAGGAACCGAUCAGGAAGUUCAUACCGCUAUGUCUCAUGCCCUAGUUCAUAGGGCUUCUGCUACUUCCAGUAUUGUUCCAGUCUUUUUGUCAUCUGAGAAGGAACCUCAAAAGGAAAUCCUCACGUAUGCUCUUCUUGACACCCAGAGUGACUCAACCUUUGUUUUGGAAAGUCUUGUCAAGGAGCUGGACGUUACGACUCGACCAUUGCAACUGAGGCUUAGCACAAUGACCGCCUUGGACACACUAAUAUCCAGUCAAGGUGUGUCUGGUCUGCGUGUUAGAAGUUACCAUCAUAAAAAUUAUUUACAGUUACGCCAAGCAUACACUCGAGACUUUAUUCCUGUUGAUAUGUCUUGCAUUCCAACAAGAACCACUGCUUUGCAAUGGCCACAUCUUGAACACCUUGCUAGUAAAUUGCCAACACUGCAAGAUUGUGAUGUUGGUUUAUUAAUAGGAUAUGACUGUCCCUUAGCGCUGGCCCCACUGGAAGCCAUCCGAGGCAGUGAUGAUGAGCCAUUUGCGCAGAGGACUGAGCUGGGCUGGAGCAUAAUAGGAGCUACAAACCCUCAUCUUGAAAGACUGGGAAGUCACAGUUAUGUCCAUCGUGUCACUGUGAGAGAGCUGGCAGUUCCAUCAGCCUCAGAUAUUUUAAAGAUUCUCGAAUCAGAUUUUAACGAAAGAAAUUCUGAGAAUAAAUUUGUUUCCCAAGAGGAUGUACGUUUUAUUCAGCUUCUCAGUAAAGGCAUUAAUCUGCGGCAUGAUGAUCAUCUCGAAAUGCCACUUCCAUUCAAAGGCUCUAGUCCACCUUCAUUGCCCAACAACAAAAGACUGGCAGUCAUUCGUUUGGAACAUCUAAAGAAAAGACUCAAGGUCAAUCCAGCCUACUUUGAGCAUUACCAGGCUUUUAUGGCGGAUGUAAUCAAAAAAGGUGAUGCGGAGCCAGCACCCGAAUCCCUGCCUGGAGACACCGUUUGGUACAUACCACAUCAUGGUGUGUAUCAUCCCAGGAAACCCGGCAAGCUAAGAGUCGUUUUUGAUUGUUCUGCUAAGUUUCAUGGCAUUUCCUUGAAUGACACCUUGCUGACUGGACCUGAUCUCAUUAAUUCCUUGGUCGGAGUUCUUUGUCGCUUUAGAAAAGAAACUGUGGCGGUCAUCUGCGACAUUGAAAGAAUGUUCCAUCAGUUCUUUGUGACACCUGCACACCGUACUUACCUGAGGUUCCUGUGGUGGGAGCAUGGAAACCUUGAGUCUGAGCCAAGAGAAUAUCAAAUGGCUGUUCAUCUUUUUGGCGCCGCGUCUUCACCAGGUUGUGCUAAUUUUGGUCUUAAAUAUUUAGCACAAAAACACCAGUCUGAUUAUCCAGCUGCAGCAUCGUUUGUUCAGAAUGGCUUCUAUGUCGACGAUGGGCUUGUGAGUGUCCCAACAGUUAAGGAGGCCUCAGCGUUAAUUGUGGAAGCGCAAGAACUGUGCAGAAAAGGAGGUCUGCGACUUCACAAGUUCAACACCAACAAUCAAGAGGUCCUCUCGUGUGUGCAUCCAGCCGACAGAACUGUAAAGACAGAUUGCUUUGAUUUAACUUUAAAUCCAGCUUCAGUAGAACAUGCAUUAGGUGUCCGGUGGCUGAUGGAAAGCGACAGUUUCAGCUUCAGCAUAAGUCUAAAGGAUAGGCCAUAUACACGCCGUGGCAUUCUGUCUGUAGUAGCUUCCCUUUAUGAUCCAUUAGGAUUUGUUGCUCCAUUUGUCCUGAGUGGGAAGCGCAUUUUACAAGAGAUGUGUCGCAGAAGUAUCGGGUGGGAUGAUCUCCUGCCUGAAGAUCUAUACCCACGGUGGGAGGAAUGGAAAACUGGGCUGCAGAGUUUGGGAGGUUUUUUCAUUCCCCGAUGUUACCAUCCUCCAGAUUUCGGCAAGGUGGUGAAAAUGGAAUUACACCAUUUCUCGGAUGCCAGUAGUGUGGGGUAUGGUGCGUGCUCCUACUUGAAAUAUACCAACAAUGAGAACAAGAUUCACUGCAGCCUUGUUAUGGCAAAGACUAGAGUCGCGCCAACAAAAAUCACAAGCAUUCCUCGUUUAGAACUUUCUGCUGCUGUGACUGCUGCUAGAUUAAGCAACCUGUUGAAAUCAGAGCUCAAUAUGGAUAUUGAUGAAGAGUACUUCUGGACAGAUUCUCAAGUUACUCUGGCUUACAUAAACAAUGACGCACGGAGAUUUCAUGUGUUCGUGGCAAAUCGUAUCCAGUUAAUAAAGGGAUACAGCAGUCCGGAGCAAUGGCAUUACAUUGAGACUACUGAGAAUCCAGCCGACCACGUGUCAAGGGGACUUAAAGCCUCAGACAUUUUUUCGACAAAUUGGCUGUCGGGUCCUAGAUUCUUAUGGAUGGAGAAUAUUUAUGAAGGACCUAGACCAUCGACUGACUUGAUGGUGGGUGACCCGGAGGUCAAAAUCAUCAAAGCCUUUGUAACAACAGUUUAUGACACAGAGUUUCUUCACCGUUUGUCAAGGUUUUCAUCUUGGUCGACGCUCCUCAAGGUGGUAGCAAGAAUAAUGAGACUUUUCGCAAGGCAAAAAUGUCAUGCCAGUGUGGUGACCGUCACAGAGCGGGAAGAGGCAACUCGAAUAGUGGUGAAACUUGUACAACGGCAGGCAUUUAGUAAAGAAAUUACCCUGUUGGAAAAGGGGAAAUGUCUUCCAUCUUCUAGUUCACUAUUCAAGUUAAAUCCAUUCAUCCAAGAGGGCAUGUUACGUGUUGGUGGGAGACUUAAGCAUUCUUCUCUAAGUGCAGAAUUCAAGCAUCCGUUCAUUUUGCCGAAAGAUGGUCAUAUUAUUCAGCUCAUUAUAACGUACUGUCAUCAGCAGAUUUGCCACCAAGGUAGAAACCAAACCCAGAUGGAGAUCAGGUCAAGAGGCUUUUGGAUUAUUGGCUGCAGCAAGCUGGUCGCCAAAUUAAUUCACAAAUGUGUGCGAUGCAGGAAAUUGAGACGUCCAGUUGAAGAGCAGCAGAUGGCGGAACUUCCUAAAGAGCGUGUCGAAGCAUCCGCCCCCUUUACAAAUUGUGGAAUGGAUUGUUUUGGACCGUUUCUUGUUCAGAAAAAUCGAAAAGAGCACAAAAGAUACGGACUGUUAUUCACCUGCCUCUACUCAAGAGCUGUCCAUCUUGAAAUGUUAGAAGAUCUAUCGACUGAUAGUUUUAUCAACUCCCUACGGUGUUUCAUCAGCAUAAGAGGGGCGGUGCGUCAACUCCACUGUGACCAGGGUCGUAAUUUCAUUGGAGCAAGAAACGAGUUAAAGGAGUCACUUAAAAGGUGUGAUUCUCAAGUGUUGCAAGCAUUUUUAGCAGAUCAGCAGUGUGAGUUCAUCUUUAAUGCCCCAGCAGCAAGUCACGCCGGAGGAAUUUGGGAGCGACAAAUACGUACCAUCCGAAAUGUCCUAAACGCCACGUUGGUUCAAGGUGGAGGCCGGCUUGACGACACUUCCUUAAGAACUCUCUUUUAUGAGGCCAUGGCUAUUGUUAAUAGCCGUCCCUUAACGGUGGAUGGGUUAAAUGAUCCAGAUUCUCUUGAGCCUUUAACACCUAACCAUCUUAUCCAAAUGAAACCCAAGAUGGCGCUUCCACCUCCAGGAAAAUUCGUCAGCGAGGAUGUUUACAGUACGAAGCGCUGGCGUCGUGUUCAAUAUUUGAUAGAGCAAUUCUGGAGUCGAUGGAAACGAGAAUAUCUUGCCAAUAUUUCCACCAGACAGAAGUGGCAUGUGGCUCGUCGAAAUCUUAAGGUGGAUGAUGUUGUCAUCAUAAAGGAGGAUUUACUCCCUCGCAAUCAGUGGCAGUUGGGCCGGAUAGUGGAAACUACUGUGGAUAGUGAUGGCCUUGUCCGAAGAGUAAAAGUUCGUGUGGCAAGAAAUGGCAAAGACAAGUCCCUUUCAAACAUGAAUCCUUCAGUUGUGGAAAGGCCAGUCCAAAAGUUGGUGCUGCUUCUUGAAAAUUGAUAUUAGAUCCUCAUUCAUUUUGUUAUUUAGAAUCAUUCAUUUUGUUAUUUAGAAUCAUUCAUUCAAAGUAUAGUGGUAUGAAUGAUUGGUGGGAGUGUAAAAGGCCAAUAUUAAUUAAGUGCAUUUCUUAUUUUAUUUGUGAACCAUCUUUGCGAUUUUGUAAAUUGUUAAUAAAUUGGACCAAUGCUGCGCAUAUUUAAACGACGUAACAUCCGGUUGUCAAUCAGCAGACAGCCGCGUCUUGUCAACGCAGGAGCCGGUAAGCUCGCUUCCUUGUUGAGUUACGAUAUCUACGCUUUGCCUUUUUACCAUCUAACAAAUUCAAACUGUUAUUUGAUUUAACCAGCUGAUGUCAGCUCAAUUUGUCUUGGAGCGGCACUUCCGUGUUCGGGUUGAUUUGCACGCCUCGGAGAGCGCAGCGAGGUAUUUUAUUUUGUAAUUGUUUGAUAACUGAUCACUGUGAAAUGUUAAUUGUUUUGUAUUGAAUUUUUAGUUUCACGGUGUUGUAAGGACGUUUGGAAAAUAAAGAAACCUUGCACAUCAGUCGAUCUCACGUCGUCAUUCCGAGGGGCU